AUGAUUCUGACCCAAUUGCAGUCUAAUCUACAUCAACAGCAACAGUUAAAGGAUCAGAUCUCAAUUUCGCAGUCAAAUGUUCCAAUGGGACCCGAGAAGCAGAUUCAUCAUCAGCCUCAAUCGCUGCCUCAUUCACAACUUGCUUCUCAUUUGGAAUCAAAUCGCAUGAGCUCCCCCAUACCUACCCCGGGCAUGGCUGCGGGACCUCCAUCUUCACUGAAGGACUCGAUAAUUCCUACUUCACCUUCUCCCCCACCUCGUAAACUGGAGUCCGAACCAUUUAAUCCAGCCUUAGGAACUUCGAAUUCUGAAGCUGCUGAUAUUGGAUCAAGUGUCGCUACAAUUUAUCAUUCUGAAAUUGACACCCGGUCGCCAAAUGAUGUAUGUAAUCACACAGAAACAGUCGAUUCAUGUCAGAUGGAUCGGCCUACAUCAGUAGGUUUUGAAUUGUUUUAA